AAUAUGAAUACAUUAGGACCUCUGUUUCGUGUCGCUGUCUUUGCUAUCGCUAUCGGUCUACAAGUCGUUGUCUCGAGCGGGCAAAACACGGCUCAAGGCUACCUGAAUGCCCACAACUCGGCGCGUACUCAGGUCGGUGUUGCGAACAUUGCGUGGGACGACACAGUCGCGGCCUAUGCCCAAAGCUACGCCAACUCGAGAGCCUCCGACUGCAGUCUCGUCCAUUCAAACGGACCGUACGGAGAGAACUUAGCCAAAGGCAGUGGCUCGUUUACCGGCACUGCCGCCGUCAACUUAUGGGUCGCCGAGAAACUUUACUACAACUAUACUACAAAUUCCUGCACAGGAGGUAAACAAUGCUUGCACUACACGCAAGUGGUUUGGAGAGACUCGGUCCGUCUAGGUUGCGCCAGAGUUCAAUGCAUCGAUGGCUACUGGUUCGUUACCUGCAACUACGACCCUCCCGGCAACUACGUUGGCGAGCGCCCGUAUUAACCGAUGUUAUAACAAUUGUAUAAAGUCGGUCCAACGAGUGAUAAAUAAUGUUUUUUUUUUGUAAUCAAGUGUCCUGAAUCAAGAUCCAGACUAAUCUCGGAAUCUGAUAAUAAAUAAUAUAAAUAAUGUUAUGUAUCUAUAUUAUGAAUAACAACUUUGGAUUCGGGUGAAUCACAGCCAAAGAUAUACAAAAACCUAUUUUUGGGUUUCAAUAAAAAUAUGUUCUUUUAUCUUUAGAAAUGAGUAGAACUAAAGAUUACAAUACUUCACACACGGCAUACACAAGGGAUUGAAAUUCCAGUUCAGAACGUGCAGUGCACCGAAUCGAAUCGAGUAAAACAUUAUCGUAACUGAACCGGAUCAAUAUAAAAAUCGAAUGAUUACAAUUUCUUUAAACUCUAAAAAAAUCGGAUAUGAACCGAACUGAUUAAAAAGAAUAAUUGAAAUACCCAACAAUUUCUUUGAAAAAAAUGAUUUUUUUACAAUAAA